AUGAUACAUUUCAUUCUUCUUCAAAAUCGUAUGGGCAGAACACGACUUGCAAAGUUUUACGUCCCUUGUGAUGAUGCCGAACGUGAACGCACAAAACGAGAGGUGCAUGCUCUUAUAAAUAGCCGUGAUGCCCGUCUCUCUAACUUUGUUUCCUAUGGAUCGUUAAAACUUGUUUACCGCCGUUAUGCAGGACUUUUCUUUUGUUUUGCUAUUGAACAAGAUGACAAUGAACUUCUCUAUUUAGAAUUUAUUCACCUUAUGGUAGAGGUUCUUGAUAUGUUCUUUACUGAUGUCUGUGAACUUGACCUUGUGUUUAACUUUCACAAGGUGUAUUUGAUCAUUGAUGAAAUGAUUCUAGCAGGAGAAAUGGAAGAGGUUUCACGACCCGUUAUUUUGGACCGACUCAAGAUUCUUGAUGUCACCAGUACGUGA